AUGCCUCUCCCUGCUGCACUCCAGUCCCGUCUCGCCAAGCGAGGGCUCCUCAAGCUGGUGGAACCCGAGCCAGAGGAAGAAAUCAUUGCCGAGGACUAUGACGACGACCCCGUGGACUACGAGGCCACUCGCCUGGAAGGCCUGCCCCCAAACUGGUACAAAGUCUUCGACCCGGUGUGCGGGCUCCCCUACUACUGGAACGUGGAGACGGACCUCGUGUCCUGGCUUAACCCCCACGACCCCAGCUCGGUCAUCACCAAGGCGGCCAAGAAACUCAAGGGCAAUUUAGAGCCCGAAGAAAAGAUGGACUGUGGCCACGAGAAGCCAGACCGAGGCUACGAGAGGCCCGAGCGCGGCUACGAGAAGUCGUCGGAGCGAGGAGGCUAUGACAAGGCGGACCGCACCUACGACAAGCUGGACCACCGGUAUGACAAGCUGGACCGGGAGGAGGCCAAGGACAGGCGCUACCAUCGCCGGGAGGAGCUGGCCCCCUAUCCCAAGAGCAAGAAAGGCAGCCGCAAGGAUGAAGAGUUGGAUCCCAUGGACCCCAGCACCUAUUCGGAUGCCCCCCGGGGCACCUGGUCCACGGGACUCCCCAAGAAGAACGAGGCAAAGACGGGCGCGGACACCACAGCAGCCGGACCCCUGUUCCAGCAGCGACCAUACCCUUCCCCAGGAGCGGUUCUUCGGGCCAACGCGGAGGCUUCCAGGGCCAAGCAGCAGGAUUGA